AUGGGCUUGCUGAUCACCACUUCCCAGCAAGCCUCUCCAGCCCCCUCAGUUCAUCCUCUCGAAGUUGCUUUUGACCGCACGACGAUAUUUACUGCCCCACAAAUCGGGUUACACACACGCACCUCGCUCGCUAUCCCACGCCCGGUCACUCGUCGUCACCGAUCAUCGAGAAUGGCUCCAGAAUCUGCCGUAUCCAGUCUGCUCCGAGGUAGUACCAAUCGCUUCUCGUCCAUGGUCGCCGACUCUUCCAGGCCAGAGGGUCGUGAUGAGCAGAUUGACACUAUAGUUUCAGUCGUACAGGUACCGAAUAUCCAUUCGAAACAUGCUAAUACGCUUUCCCGCGACAUUCUCCAGCGAAUAUUCGACUUCUAUGCCAACAACCUGCGGCGAGAUGCAAGUCACUCACCCUUUGCGACUCUUGAGACGCUCCUGCAUGUUUGUAGGCACUGGAGAAAGGUGGCUGAAGGCUAUGAGCAUAUGUGGGCCAAGGUCUAUGUCACACUUACCAACAAGCAGGACGUUGGAAAGUGGAUGGCACGAAUUAGGCGAUAUCGCGAGCGCACUCAGUCUCUAAUGGAUAUCAGUAUCCAAGACCAACGAGAUCUCAGUUUGUACCAACCACUCAACGCCGGUGCCGAGCCUUACCGUCAGUUCAAGACUCAACAAUUUAUCGCCCAGCUCAAUGAUUUGGUCUCUUUGAUAAUGGAGCUACAUAGUACCGCGUCCCGUUGCGUGUGUAGGAGCUUUCGUCUCGCCAUGCCACCCAACUUUGUCGCGAUCAUUGACCAACUUCAGGGUGGUAGUGCGAGAGAGCUCGCCAGCUCGUAUCUCAACCGCAUAUUCUGCCUUGAUCAGCAGUUUCUGGAAUCACUGGAGCUCGAAAAUAUAGGUUGGAUCUCAACUUUCAGCUACUCCCAACUUCCACCCAUCUUCCGAAUACCCCACCGUUCGCUCAAGACACUUCGCUUGUACAACUGCUUCACCCCGAAGCUUCUGUAUCCCAGUAACCCAUAUGAGCUUCAACUUGAACAUUGUUUUCACUGGAAUUCGCUACGCCGACAAUGGGAGCCAGUCGGUCAGAUAAACGGUUCGCAUGACCUAGAGAUGCGAAUCUGUACGGAUCUACAGAAGCUAACUAUUGGUCCACUCACCAAGUACCUUGUCCCGUUAUAUACUCCGUCCCUCCAUACGCUUGAGAUCAUAGCGUGGUGGGGCCACGAGUCCACAGUUCUCUCACAUAUCACUAACCUCUCACUAGAGAAUCUACAUACACUUAUUAUAUCAUGGCCAGAUACCCCUUUCACUCCUCAAAUCCCCAUAUCUAUGCAGCCUGAACACAUCAAGAAUGGAACGACUGCGCUUUUUACAAAGGCUAAAAGAAUUAUGAACAUCGAAGCACCGCGAACGGUUCUCAUCAGCAUUCUGCGUUUCCUAUACGAACGCAACUACCACUCUGGGCCACCUACAGACACACCGAAGCAACUUACUCUGUAUGAGCAUCCGCACAAGUUGCAAAUAUCGCUCACGGGUGAUGAGAGCAUGGAGCAGCUCGAAGUUAUUGCACUUCGUCACUUUUUUGUUUCACUUGUUCAACCCUCGUGGUGA